AGGCCACACACUCCAGGAUUUAUUAACCACACACACACACACACACACACUUGGGGAAUAUCACUAGUGAAGUCUCUGGUUUUCGGACUGAUAUCAGCAGGAUGGUGUGACGGACAGAGACGAGCUGAGGAGAGACUCAACAGAUCGCUCACACUCCAGUCAGCAGGAAGACUCCACCCCCCCACCCCACCCACCACCCCCACCCUGGGAUGGAGAAGUUUCCUCCUCAGAGCAGCCAAUCAGGAUCCAGCUCAGAUAACUAGUGACCAUCGGCUAAUCACCAUCAGGCCAGGUCUCACCAUUCAGUGCUCAGAAUCGUUCUGUCCAAUCAGACGCUCCUGCACUGCCCUGUGCUCAACGAGAUCGAAGGUCAAACUGCCUGAAGUCACCUUCUGACCUAGAAAGAAAAUGUAACACCUGCAUCAUCAGGGACGUAUUUAACAAAACAGCUGGAUUUUUUUAAUCACUAGUCUUUUGAGAAGGAAGAGGACCUGAUUGAGAACAUGGCCGCUCUUCACACCGAGCGCAACAUCCGCUCUAAGAUCCAAGAUUUUGAGAAACAGAUAAACAACAACGAGUUCAGCACGCCGACGCCACGCCCCCGGAACGGCCCUCGGCCAGCCGUGGCCCCGAAACCCUCCGUGACUCAGAGACCGGUCAGCAGCACCACCGAAGAAGAAUCAAACACUCAGGUGUUCCCAGGUGAUCUGUAUGAGCGCAGUAUUAAUACAGAGAACAUUCCGGUUUCUCCAGCUGUAAUCCCCAGACCUCAGCUGCCCAGACAACUUAACGACCAGCUUAAACCCCAGCCGCUGAUUAAACCUCCUCCCCAGCUCCCGUCUCGACCCUCACUGCGCAGAACCACAGCUGUAAACUCCCAGGACCAGGAAACUGCCUUCAGCCCUCCUCCUGUCUCCACACGACCCCCACAUAUCAGCCACUGCAGCACACCAGAGAACAACUACGUGGAUGAUCCUGCUACUUUCGCUCUCUCUAACCUGAGCCGCAGAGCCACCGUCACCGGCCCAGUGACCCGGAAACCCACCAUCAUCAGAGUUCCCAGCAGACUGGAACAGGAAGUGUCUUCACUUCCUGUUCAGAGAGGUAUAGGAGGCCAGGUAUCUUCCAUCAGACACAAGGACUCGUUCAGUAGUGGGUGUGAUUGGGAUCUGCCUCCACGCCCCAGUGGAGGUAAAGUGCUGCCCCCUCGGCCCCCUCCUGCUAAACCCGCCCCGGGACGUCCUCCUCCUCCGCGGAGAGACAGCAUCCAGCGUAACUCCACACUCCAGUCCAACAACCUGAGACGGAACCCGUCCAAGAAAUCGCCCGUGCUUCCUCCCAGACCCAACCCUGGACAUCGCCUCUACAACAAAUACACCCUGGAAAUCCCUCACGCCAUCGCCGAGCACGACUACAACGGCAUGCACACCGGAGAGCUCUCCUUUCAGAAAAACGAAGUGCUGGUUCUGCUAAACCAAACAGACAGACAGACGUUCGAGUGCCAGGUAGGAGACGUGAAGGGAACGGUGCAGAAAUCCUACCUGAAGAUCAUCACACCUCUGUCCAGCUACAACGACAACACUAAUCCCGAUCCAUGGGAGAACACUUCACAUCAGCAGCUCAGAGCUUCAGCAGGAAACGCCACUCUACAGGUUCAAGCACUUUAUGACUUCACUCCAGAGGGUCCUGGAGAACUGGCUCUGAAGGCUGGAGACACGGUUAAUAACGUGGAGCAGAUAGACAGUGAGUGGUACCUGGGAUCAUCCAGAGGGAUGACGGGCUUCUUCCCCAUCAACUACGUCAAAAUCCUGUCCAGACAGCCUGCAGCUGCACAGAAACCUGCGCCUGCGCCUGCGCCUGCUCCACCUCAGAGAGUCAGUGGUCCACGGUGUGUGGCGAGGUUUGACUUUGAGGGUGAGCACAGUGACGAGCUCUCGUUCACUGAAGGCCAGGUGAUCCGACUCCUGGAGUACAUGGGUGAGGACUGGGCUAGAGGCGAGAUCGGCGGCCAUGCUGGAAUUUUCCCUCUCAACUUUGUGGAAGUGAUAGAGGAUCUUCCACCUGCUCCUACCAAGAACCAGACCAGGGUUCCUCUGCCUGGGAUGGUUGCAGCAAACAACAUGCAAGCUCCUGCUCCAACACAGAACCGGGUCUGUGCUGUGGAGCGGGUCAAGGCCCUGUAUGACUUCACAGCAGAGACGGAUGGUGAUCUGCCGUUCCUGAGAGGAGACGUGAUCGAAGUGAUAGAACACAUCGAUGAGGAAUGGAGUCAUGGAAGACUGAAUGGCAGAGAGGGAUUAUUCCCUAUAUCCUUCACACAGACACACACAGGUGGAGACUCACAUCGCUAAACAAAGCAGGAGAGAUCAAACACCAGCCACGUGGACUUUCACACGUGACCCGGAGACGUGAUGAAGACUUUCCGGAUCCUUCUUGUGGUGGGACUGAAGUGUGUUAAUGUGUAGUGUGGGGUUCAGCUUUCUCAGUCUCUUCCUUUUCUCUUCCUUAUUGGAAUUUACCGUGGAGCGAUAGCAGCCGUGUUCAUCUUCACAGUAUUUACACCAUUACACUUUCAUAACCAUAAUAAAGGAAGGUGCUUGUACAUCAUUCAUUAAUAAAUAAUACAUUUAUAUUGUA